GCUCCAACGUCGCCAUUUUACCUUUUACUAAAUUUCACAUUCGUUGUUGAUUGACUUGUUUUCCAAGGCAUAUUUUAUGCAACUACUGCUUUGUCAGUGGUUACAGUGCGUAAGUCCAGAGAGUAGUUUCAAGUAAAUGAGGACAGUACAAGUGGGAUCGUGAUAGUGAAUUAGGUUAACUUUGUGUAGUGAUAAAGUAAAAACAUAAUGAGUUCUCGGCAUCGCGAUAGGAGCCGUUCCCGAUCUCGCGACCGCGAGCGGCACAAGGAACGUGACAGGGAGAAGGGUCGAGACCGGGACCGCGAACGAGAGCGUGACAGGGAUAAAGAUCGGGACCGUGACCGCGAUAGAGACCGCGGGCGGGACCGGGAUAGGGACCGCCACCGCUCUAAGAGAGACAAAGAGGAGCGGGGGCGCAGCCGCGACAGACAUAAGGAGAAACGUCGGAGUCGAAGCCGGAGUCACAGUAGGGGACGGAAGUCCAAAGACAGGGAUGGAACCAUAGCCCUCCUGGACCAGAUGGUGGGCACCACAACGAAGGCGACUGCACGGGCAGUGGCCGGCAACGGUGUGGCCAACCCUGCAGCACAUGCCGCCAUUCUAGCCGCGGCUGCUGUUGCACAGCAUAAUCAAAUUGAAUGCCAGAAGUAUGUCAACUACAUGACAUUCGUGGCGCAGCGCCGCAUGGCGGCGCCGGUGCAGCCGGCCGCGGCGGCGGCGGCGGCGCUGUCGGCCGCCACGGCCAUCCCGCCGCCCACCUCCGUGCAGCAGAAGCUGGAGCAGCUGCAGGCGCGCUCCGAGGGCCGCUACCGCGACAAGCAGCCGCCGCAGGACUACCACCCCGACGACGACCAGGACGACGGACAAGGGCCGCCGGGCGAGACGGCGGCGGAGCGGCGCGCGCGGCGGCGGCGCACGCGCUGGACGGGCGGCGCGCACGACAAGACCUUCAUCCCCGGCCUGCCCACCGCGCUGCCCUCCACGCUCACCCCGCAGCAGGAGGAGCAGUAUCUGCUGCAGCUGCAGAUCGAGGAGGUGUCGCGCAAGCUGCGCUCCGGCGACCUCGGCAUCCCGGCCAACAUCGACGAGAGGUCUCCGUCCCCCGAGCCGAUCUACUCCACGGACGGCAAGCGGCUGAACACGCGCGAGUACCGCACCCGGCGGAAACUCGAGGAGGAGCGGCACAGGCUCGUCACCAGGAUGCAGACCAUCAACCCGGACUUCAAGCCCCCUCCGGACUACAAGCCACCAGUGAUCCGCGUGCACGACAAAGUGAUGAUCCCGCAAGAGCAGCACCCCGACAUCAACUUCGUGGGGCUCCUGAUCGGGCCCCGCGGGAACACGCUCAAGGCCAUGGAGAAGGAAACCGGUGCCAAGAUCAUCAUUAGAGGCAAAGGAUCAGUUAAGGAGGGCAAGGUUGGCAGGAAGGAUGGCCAGCCCCUACCUGGUGAAGAUGAGCCCCUGCACGCGUACAUCACGGCGGCCAGCGCGGAGUGCGUCAAGAAGGCGCUCGACAAGAUCAAAGAAGUCAUUCGACAGGGCGUGGAGGUCCCCGAAGGUCAGAACGACCUGCGGCGCAUGCAGCUCCGCGAGCUGGCGCAGCUCAACGGCACCCUGCGCGAGUCCGACCAGCCGCGCUGCGCCAACUGCUCCGCGCUCGACCACAAGACCUGGCUGUGCCCUGACAAGCCCAACGUCACCUCCGCUGUCGUGUGCUCCGCCUGUGGCGGCGCCGGACACAUCGCGCGGGACUGCAGGGCCAGGAGGCCCGGGCACACGCCCACCUCCAUGCCCAACAAGGCUAAGAUCGACGAGGAGUACAUGUCCCUGAUGGCGGAGCUGGGCGAGGCGCCUCCGCCCGGCGCCAACAACAACACCAACUCCGGCGCCAACAACAACAACAACGCGCGGCGCUUCGGCGGCGGCCUGUUCCACCACGCGCCGCCCGCGCGCGCUCUCAUGGCUCCGCCGCCGCAAGGCCCCCUCCCCGCGUCGCUGCCGCCGCCGCCCGCCGCCUACCCGCCGCCGCACGCCGCGCCGUGGCUGGGCGCCGGCAGCCAGCCGCCGCCGCCGGGGCUGCCGCCCGCCUUCCCGCCGCCGCCGCCGCCGCAGCACCACCAGGGUGAUAAGAUGGGCCCCGGGCCCGGCCCCAUGCAGCACAUGGCGCCGCCGCCGCCACCCCCUGGUAUGAUGGGCAUCCCUCCGCCCGGCAUGGGUCCUCCGGGCGGGGGCGGGGGGUGCUGGCGGGGCGCGGGCUACACGCCGCCGCCGUGGGGCGCGCCCCCCCCGCACGGCGCGCCGCCCCCGCACCCGCCCUACCUCGCGCCGCCCCCGCCGCCUCCGCCGCAGCACGACUAGACCACACGCGCGCUGCCCGCGCCGUGCUGUGCGCCUGCGCCGCGUCACCUGCAGACUCAUCGUGUACGAUUGUAAAAUUCGUGUCUUAGGCUAACGCUAUAUUUCACGAAGUUCCAACUAAAUUUUGAAGGAUUAUAUCCCAUAGAUGACGGUUGCUCACUAGCGCCUUUUCAAAUUUAAACAGUACGUGACUUUAAUAUCCCUUCUCCUCUAAUUUAAAUAUUUCUAAGCCUUAUCGAAUACUUGAAUCCCUACACUGCACGAACACUAAAUAAAAUAGACCGGUGCACACGCCUUUCACGAUCUUAUCGACGAUACGACUUUGUAAUAGACACGCAUAGUGAACUUAUAAAUAGGCAAAUACAUGGCUAGCGACGUCUCGGAGCGAUAUCCUCGCGCGACAAAUAGCUAUUAUAGACGCACCCGCUUGCCAUGUGUAGUGUAGACCCGCCUAAUGAAUAGUACUACAAUAAACUUCAACAAAACAAAAAAGUAUUGUAACUACAUAAAUGCUAUGUAAACAACGUAAUACGUGGUUAAAGUAGGUACAUAUAGAUGAAGCAAUACGGCCCGUCCAGUGUAGUUCGCCGCUAGACCCACCUUUAGCAAUAAGUCUUAUGUUCACUUGUAUAGUUCAUUUUCUAUAGGUUAUAUUAUGUUUUCUAACAUAUUGAACCUGAACUAAUAUUUGAUAUUUUAUCAAUUUAUUGCAAAACAAAACGAUUGACGGUAAUAUAAUAAUUAUAAAAUUAUAAAAACGACAACUUAAGAGUUACAAUAAACGUCUAAAACUCUGCACCGAUUUCGACGUGAUAAAGUGUAUCAAUGUCUAUAAAUAAUCAUUUGUAAUUUCAUUUCUGCACUCUAUUACUAUAUAUUAUCUGUGCAAAGUUAGCUCGAUGAAACUAAAAGAAUAUAAACAAUUCGUUGCUGGGAAUGUGGCGAAGACCACGACAUUCGUAUUUCAUGACUGGAAGAAUUACUAAUAAUACUAUGUUACCCAUUGAUUUGACACUUCUAUCACAACUAUAAAAUGUUUUAUGACAAAUAAGUAUGUAUAAAAUUCGUAUAUUAAUAAAUAGAUAUGAUACAUUA